GAGUGCAUCUCUGUUCACGUGGGCCAGGCUGGAGUGCAGAUAGGAAAUGCGUGCUGGGAACUCUUCUGCCUGGAGCACGGCAUCCAGCCUGAUGGCACCUUCAAGGACCUGCAGGACAAACUCAGCUCUGAUGACUCUUUCACCACGUUUUUCAACGAAACAGCCACUGGGAAGCACGUGCCACGGGCUGUAAUGGUGGACUUGGAACCGACUGUGGUAGAUGAAGUACGGGCUGGCACCUUCCGGGAGCUUUUUCAUCCAGAACAGCUGAUCACUGGAAAGGAGGAUGCAGCCAAUAACUAUGCCCGUGGCCACUACACCAUUGGCAAGGAAAGCAUUGAUAUGGUGCUGGAUCGUGUCCGUAAGCUGACCGAUGCCUGCUCUGGGCUGCAAGGAUUCCUGAUCUUCCACAGCUUUGGUGGCGGUACCGGCUCUGGAUUCACCUCCCUGCUGAUGGAACGCCUCUCUGUGGAUUAUGGCAAGAAGUCCAAACUGGAGUUCGCCAUCUACCCAGCCCCUCAGGUCUCCACUGCUGUGGUGGAGCCCUACAACUCCAUCCUGACCACGCACACCACGCUGGAGCACUCGGACUGCGCCUUCAUGGUGGACAACGAGGCCAUCUACGACAUCUGCCGCCGCAACCUGGCCAUUGAGCGCCCCACCUACACCAACCUGAACCGCCUCAUCAGCCAGAUCGUGUCCUCCAUCACCGCCUCGCUGCGUUUCGACGGCGCCCUCAACGUGGACCUGACCGAGUUCCAGACCAACCUGGUGCCCUACCCUCGCAUCCACUUCCCGCUGGUGACCUACGCGCCCAUCAUCUCCUGCGACAGGGCGCACCACGAGCAGCUCUCCGUGGCCGAGAUCACCAACACCUGCUUCGAGCCCAACAACCAGAUGGUCAAGUGUGACCCCAGGCACGGCAAGUACAUGGCCUGCUGCAUGCUCUACCGCGGGGAUGUCGUCCCCAAGGACGUCAACGUGGCCAUCGCUGCCAUCAAGACCAAGAGAACCAUCCAGUUUGUCGACUGGUGUCCAACAGGGUUCAAGGUUGGGAUCAACUACCAGCCCCCUACGGUUGUUCCUGGAGGAGACCUGGCCCAGGUGCAGCGGGCAGUCUGCAUGCUGAGCAACACCACGGCCAUCGCCGAGGCCUGGGCACGGCUGGACCACAAGUUUGACCUGAUGUACGCCAAGAGAGCCUUCGUGCACUGGUACGUGGGAGAAGGCAUGGAGGAGGGAGAGUUUGCAGAGGCCAGAGAGGACUUGGCUGCCCUGGAAAAGGACUAUGAAGAAGUGGGAACUGACUCGUUCGAAGAAGAGAAUGAUGGGGAGUAA